AUGUCAUUGUUCAUCUACAACAAAGGCCCCGUCACAUCAUACCUUCUUGUCUACGUUGAUGAUCUAGUCCUAACUGGCAAUAACCAUGACUUUCUUGACCUCUUCACUACCUCUCUUGCUAAUCGGUUCCCCAUCAAAGACCUUGGCUCUCUUUACCAUUUCCUUGGUAUUGAAGCUAUCCAAACCACGGAUGGUCUCUUUCUUUCCCAACAUCGUCACAUUCAAGACCUUCUCAACACUUACCGCAUGGAUGGUGCCAAAGAGGUUCACACACCUCUUGGUACCACAGACACACUCUCUCCUCAUGAUUCCUCUCCUAAAAUCGAUCCAACUCCUUACCGAAAGCUUGUUGGUUCACUUCAAUACUUGGCUUUCACCCGGCCCGAUAUUUCCUUUGCUGUGAACAAAUUAUCUCAAUUCAUGCAUAUGCCAACUCAAACCCACUGGCAAGCCCUCAAACACGUUUUACGCUAUCUCAAAGGGAAGAUUCAAAGGAGGAAAUAUGAUUUGGUGGAUUUAUGGGGGAGCAAGAGGUUACUUGGUGAUGCACAAAAGAAGGAGAAUGUAUCACUUGUGUUGGCUCAAGAAAGAACAAGAAGAAAGGAUCCUCUUAAUAAAUUCAAGAUAUAUAGAGGAGGAUGGAACAUCACAGAAAGCCAUUAUUGGGCUUCAGUGGCGUUCACGGCUGCACCAUUCCUCAUGGUGGCUGCAGCAUGGUUCGUGAUUUUCGGUCUAUUCUUAUCUAUAAUACUCUUGUGCUACUGUUGUUGCCGAAAAGAACAAUACGCCUAUUCGAAAACCGCCUACACUCUAUCCCUCAUCCUCCUAAUUCUCUUCACCAUCACAGCAAUUGUCGGAUCGAUUGUUUUGUACACGGGCCAAGGGAAAUUCGACCAAAGUACAAAUAAAAUGUUGAAAUAUAUCGUUCAUCAAGCCGAACUAACUGCUGAGAGACUCGGUAAAGUCUGUAAUGAUCUUGCAGCUGCGAAGAAAAUAACCGUUGCACAAGUGUUCUUGCCUGUUAAUAUGCAAGAUGACAUUGAUGAGAUACAAACCAAGCUUAAUGUUUCGGCUGUUGAACUUUCACAUAAGACCAAAGAAAAUCGAGAACGCAUCCAUGAUAUCCUUCAACGUGUGAGUAUAGCGUUGAUCGUUAUAUCCGCUGUGAUGCUGCUUUGGACAUUUCUUGGAUUCUUCUUUUCAAUUUAUGGCUUGCAAUGCAUGGUUUACAUAUUGGUACUUUUUGGAUGGCUUUUUGUGACCAUAACGCUUAUAUUAUGCGGCGUGUUCCUUUGUCUCCACAAUGUGACUGCGGACAGUUGCGUGGCAAUGAGCCAGUGGGUGGCGAACCCAACGGCUCGUACAGCUCUAGACGACAUCUUGCCAUGUGUCGACAAUGCUACCGCUCACGAGACCUCAAAGCGGGCCAUAGAAGUCACUAUCCAAAUCGUAACGGUGAUCAACCAGGUUAUAAAAACGGUCUCGAAUGGCAAUUUUCCGCCAAGCUACGCGCCACUUUACUACAACCAGUCAGGCCCGAUGAUGCCGCCCCUUUGCAACCCGUACAAUUCCGACUUCACGAACCGAACGUGUAACCCAAAUGAAGUGGCAUUAAGUGAAGCCACACGCGUGUACAAAAAAUAUGUUUGUCAAAUUUCAUCUAGCCAGAUGUGCAUCACCACGGGUAGGGUUACACCUGACUCGUUUAGCCAAAUGUCGGCCGCGAUAGAACUAAGCUACACAUUGUACCUAUAUGGGCCGUUUUUGGUGGAUCUUCAAGAUUGUACGUUUGUCCGCCAAACUUUUACGGACAUCUUGGAAGACCAUUGCCCAGGACUAUGUCGCUACCUCAACUGGAUCUAUAUCGGGCUGUUGAUGGUGUCGUUAGCGGUGAUGUUUUCGCUCAUUUUUUGGGUUAUUUAUGGAAGAGAAAGGAGAUAUCGUGUUUAUACAAAUUAG